UCCCUCCUUCCCGGAGGCGGAGCCUCGGCCGGGUCGGAGGGUCGGUGCCCCGGAGCUUCGGGCUUGGGCCGCCUUUCUCCCCCACAGCCCUCCUUCCUCUUCCUCUUCCUGGCUGGGCUCCUUCUUCUCCGGCGCUCCGGAGGAGGAAGGCUUUCCCCGCAGCGCCGCCAGGUUUUAACGUGCAGCAUUGGAACACAUCACCGUCUAUUAUGUUUGCUAGGCUGAUGAAUCCCCUUUUCAGAAACGUAUGCUAAAUGAGCUUUAUCAACUACUAAGAAAGAAAAGGUAACAAGGAGACAUAUCUAAAGAUUUAUCAGACCUGAUGAAUUCAAAGGAUCAGACCACCACGAUCUCCGUAACAGACUAGCAACCUGAAUGCUGUAAUGGCUCAAAUUUUCUGGUACAACUUAAAUCAUGCAUCAUCUAAUACAGGAUCCCCUGGUUCUUCUUAACACUUGAUUAGCUUCUACUGCAGCAAAUUACAUAGCCAUGGUUUGGGGUGAUAUCCCUAAUUUAAAAGAUGACUACACUUUGUUAUGUUCUUCAACUAUGAAAGAACUGGAGAUGGAUCUUGACUCUGGAGUGGAAGAAGAUGACACACAAUCUGAUAUCCUUUCUGGAGACUAUACAAUCUUCAUUGCUUUUAAAGGGAAUAUUGAUGAUGAUGACUUCAAACAGAAAUUGAGCAUCAUCUUGGACAAUGUUCCUGACCUUUUAAACAUGGAAUCUGACAAAUUAAAAUUGAGGAAGGUGGAACCCUGGAACAGUGUACGAGUUACUUUCAGUAUUCCUCGUGAAGCAGCUGAACGUCUCCGAAUGCUGGCUCAGAACAACAACCAGCAGCUUCGAGAUCUGGGAAUUCUAUCAGUUCAGAUUGAAGGUGAAGGUGCCAUCAGUUUGUCAUUAGCUCAAAAUAGAGGCCAAGAUGUGAGGAUUAAUGGGCCUGUUGGACAAGGUAACACAGUUCGAAUGGAGACAGGAUUCCCCAUGCCAGGAAACCAAGGUUUAAUAAGAAUAAACAAUCCUGCAACUGUCAUGAUGCAGCAAAGUGGUAAUGUGUCAUCCAUGAUAACAACUACAGCUAACACUGAACUGCAGCCCAGAACACCUCGUCCGACAUCUCAACCAGAUGGAAUGGAUCCACUCUUGUCAGGGCUCACUAUUCAACAGCAGAAUCAUCCAUCAGGAUCUGUAGUACCUCAGCUCCAUUCAAUACAGCAAGUUCCUGUUAACAGGCAAAUAAACCCAGCCAGUUUCCAGCAGAUGCAGCCACAGCAGCACCAGCAGCCACGCCCUUCUCAACAGCAUCAGCAGUCGCAACAGGGUAUUCGUCCUUCAUUUACAACCCCAGGUCAAGUUUCAGUUCCUCCCGGUUGGAACCAGGUGGCUGCUGGAACAGUCCAGCCACCUCCAUCCCAAGGAAACAUGGGCACAUUGACAGUUAACCAGGGGUGGAAAAAAGCUCCUUUGCCUGGACAAAUGCAGCAACAACUUCAAGUCAGACCAUCUUUAGCAACUGUACAAACACCUUCCCACCCUCCACCUCCAUAUCCUUUUGGAAGCCAACAAACUCCUCAGGCACACACAAACUUUCCUCAGAUGAACAACUCUGGGCAAUUUACUGCUCCUCAGAUAAAAAAUCUUCAGGGAGGUCCCUCACGGGUCCCUACACCACUACAACAACCCCACCUGACCAACAAGUCUCCUGCUUCCUCUCCUUCCUCUUUUCAGCAGGGUUCUCCUGCAUCUUCCCCAACAGUUAACCAAGCACAGCAACAAAUGGGACCAAGGCCCCCCCAGAAUAAUACCCUCCCCCAAGGAUUUCAACAGCCUGUAAAUUCUCCUGGCCGUAAUCCAAUGGUGCAGCAAGGAAAUGUACCUUCUAAUUUUAUGGUGAUGCAACAGCAAAACCAGGGUCCACAGGGUUUACAUCCUGGGUUAGGUGGAAUGCCCAAGCGUCUGCCACCUGGCUUUCCUUCAGGACAGACAAAUCAGAACUUCAUGCAAAGUCAGGUGCCUUCUACAGCACCAGGGACAUCUGCAAGUACUGGAGCACCCCAAUUGCAAACAAGUCAAAGUGUACAACACACAGGUGGUCAAGGAAAUGGGCUUUCUCAGAAUCAGAUGCAAGUACAACAUGGCCCAUCAAAUAUGAUGCAGAGCAAUUUAAUGGGGCUUCAUGGAAAUAUGAACAAUCAGCAGACAGGUACCAGUGGUGUUGCACAGGUUAACAUGGGCAACAUGCAAGGACAGCCUUCCCAAGGACCACAGUCUCAGUUAAUGGGGAUGCACCAACAGAUAGUAUCUUCCCAAGGACAGAUGGUGAACAUGCAACCUCAGGGAUCUAUAAAUCCUCAAAACCAGAUGAUACUGUCUCGAGCUCAACUCAUGUCACAGGGCCAGAUGAUGGUAGCUCCUCAAAAUCAAAAUCUUGGUUCAUCACAACAAAGAAUGACUGCUCCCAAACAGAUGCUUCCCCAGCAAGGCCAGCAAAUGAUGGCAGCACACAAUCAAAUGAUUGGACCCCAAGGCCAGGUAUUGCUACAGCAAAAUUCAAUGAUGGAACAGAUGAUGACCAAUCAGAUGCAAGGAAAUAAACAGCAGUUCAGUUCUCAAAACCAGUCCAAUGUUAUGACAGGGCCAGCUCAAAUAAUGAGAGGACCAACUCCCAAUAUGCAAGGAAACAUGGUGCAAUUUACAGGACACAUGAUGACUCAGCAAGGCCCUGUCAAUGGCAAUCCUUCUCAGGUUAUGGGGAUUCAAGGACAAGUUCUGAGACCCACUGGACCUACCCCUCACAUGUCUCAGCAGCUGGGUGAUGCCACCACUACAACAAACAAUGAUGUGAACUUGACACAAAUGAUACCUGAUGUUUCCAUGCAACAAGGAAACAUGGUACCACCACACUUGCAAGGGAUGCAGGGAAACAACAAUACAUCAGGGAGUCAUUUUGCUGGACAUGGACUGGCUUUCAAUACCCCUUUUAGUGGGGCCCAAAAUGGAAAUCAGAUUUCCUGUGGACAAAACCCGGCUUUUCCUGUCAAUAAAGAUGUCACACUAACAAGUCCGUUGCUGGUAAACUUGCUGCAAAGUGAUAUAUCUGCAGGACAUUUUGGUGUGAACAGCAAACAGAAUAAUCAAAAUGUCAAUAAACCCAAGAAGAAAAAGCCUCCAAGGAAGAAAAAAAAUAAUCAACAAGUAGAACAAAUUAAUGCUUCAGAGCCACGCCCAGCAGGUCUAGAAGAAACAGAUCAGCCACCACUUCCAGGAGAGCAAAGUGUAAAUUUGGAUAACAUGGGACAUAAGCUUUCGGAAUUCCCAAGCAGGCCACCAGGCUAUCCAGCUCAGCCACUGGAACAAAGAUCUCUUCAGCAAAUGCCUCCCCAGCUUUUGCAACACGGGCAGCAGCAACCACCACAACCCACCCCUCAGCAGACACAGUCCCAGCAGCAACAGCAACAACAACAAAUGAUGAUGAUGCUCAUGAUGCAACAGGAUGCUAAGUCAGUCAGACUUCCUGUCUCCCAAGGAGUUCAUCAGCCUAGGGUCCCUCUGAAUGUAGAGACACAAAGGAUGCCAAUGCAGCAGGGGGGUAACAUGUCAGUUAUGGUUAGUCUGCAAGGUACAGGUGCAGUGCCUCCAUCUCCUGACAAGCAAAGAAUUUCAAUGGCAAGUAAUCAGACUUUAGUGAACAAUGCACGGAAGAUGGCUUAUGCAGAUAAUGUACAGAAUCCUACCACCUCACCUUUGGGAGAAGUUCCAUCAGUGUCCUCUGUUCCAGAAGGAAAUGGUGCUGAAGUUGCCUCUCCAGCAGCAGGGCCUCAAAACAAUAUAGCAUCCCAUUUAAUAGUUUCACAAAGUCAAUUAAUGAUGGCAGGUCCAAAACCUGGACCUUCUCCAAUGUCAGCUUCCCAAGGUGCAAGCCCUCAACAGCAGUCCAAUCCACUACCUAGCACUCACUCACACCACUUUCAAAAUGUUGCUAGCACAUCACAGACAUCAAGACCGAAAACACCAAACAGGGCAAGUCCAAGACCGUACUACCCCCAGACUCCUAAUAAUCGUCCACCAAGCACAGAGCCAUCAGAAAUAAGUUUGUCACCAGAGAGGCUCAAUGCUUCUAUUGCUGGUCUUUUCCCUCCUCAGAUAAAUAUUCCAUUGCCUCCUAGGCCUAGUCUUAAUAGAGGAUUUGAUCAACAGGGUCUUAAUCCAACUACUUUGAAGGCCAUUGGGCAAGCACCCUCAAAUCUUGGUAUGAAUAGCCAGUCAAGUUUUGUCUCCCCACAGACCCACAAGUUAGACCCUAUGGUUAUCAAUUCAGGAAAGCAAACCAAUGCUGGUGGGGCAAAGCGAGCAAGUCCUAGUAACAGUAGAAGGUCCAGUCCUGGAUCCAGUAGGAAAACCACACCAAGUCCUGGGAGGCAAAACUCAAAAGCAGCCAAAUUAACGUUGACUUCUCAGCAGAAUCCAUCACUCAUGCAGAACAUGGACUUGCAGCGAAGUAUGAUGGUUGGUCCACCUUCAUUGCAAACACCUAUGCCUGGAAGUUUUCAAAGUAAUGGUAUGUUAACUACUCAGAAUCCCACUGUUCCCAUGUCUAUUAUGACUGGUAUUCCAGAGGAUAACAAAGAAAGUUUUAGUGUCUCACAAGAUACCACAUGUCAAAGUAUGCAGGUCAUCCCAAUGAACAAAGAUCAGCACAACAUCGACCCCAAAAGUGUUUCCAAUCAAGAAAUCAAAAUUCUGGUCCAUGAAGAACAACAGAAAAGAGAGGCACCUUCUAUAGAGUCUAACAAGCUUCCCAGUCUUGAGGAAAACAAUACUAUUAUUUCUCCAGCCAUGCGGGAGGCACCCACUUCCUUAAGUCAACUUCUGGACAAUUCUGGAGCUCCAAACGUUACCAUCAAGCCUUCUGGUCUCCAUGGUCUUGAAGUGCCAGUGACUUGUGCAGAUGAAUUUAAAAAGGCUUCUUCCAUACCUCUUCCCCAGCAGGAUUCCUCUUGUAAUAAAGAAUCUGUUUGUUCUCUUAGUUUACCUCCAAAUGCUGAAGCCUGUUCUACUCAAGCACAAGACCUGGGAGAAAUAAAUUCAGGUGUUUCUCAGAAUAUGUCUCCAGUAAUACAGAGGCCUGUUAGUUCUGCUUCUAUUUCUACAUCACUCCCACCUAAUCAAAUAACGGUAUUUGUAACUUCCAACCCCAUUACAUCCUCAUCUAACACAUCAGCACCUUUGCCUUCUCAUUUACAACCUGCAUUAAUGCCUACUGUUGUCACCAUGCCAAAUGUAGGUAAUAAAGUUAUGACGUCUGAAGGACAGACAACAGUUCAGUCUAAUGCUCGGCCUCAGUUCAUUACUCCGGUUUUUAUAAAUUCUUCCUCAAUAAUUCAGGUUAUGAAAGGGUCUCAGCCAAGUACAAUUCCUGCAACCCCAAUGACUUCCAAUUCUAAUUUAAUCCCACAGUCUGUUGCAGUUGUUGGUCCUUUGCAUUUGCCACAGAAUAUAAAGUUCACAUCAGGGCCUGCUCCUCCUAGCUCCUUCUCCAGUACUUCUGCCUCAAGUAUGCCAACAAGCCGAUCAUUGGUCAUUAAUUCACUGGCAACUCCUAUUUCACUUCCUUCACCCUCACCAACAGCUCCUUCAAGCACUUCUUCACAUCCACCAGUUCAACAGGUCAAAGAUUUUAAUUCAGAGGAAAUGACUUCUCAAAUCUGUGCAUCUGUUGAUCCAUGUGCUGAUCCAUCCUCACAGUCUGGAACUGUGGUUUCCCCACCUCGUCCACACAGCCCUGGAUCUAUCAACAGACGAAGUCCAGUGUCAUCUACUAAAGGAAAAGGGAAAUUGGACAGAAUUGGUCAAUUUUUGCUGACAAAAGCAUGCAAGAAAGUCACAGAUUCCUUUGAGAAAGAAGAAGGACACUAUGCAGCAGAGGGAGAACUGGAAGGCCAGGGACAAGAUGUUUCAAUCCCUAGCAGUCUGGAAAUGGAGCAAUUACCUGUAGAACUAGAAGACAGCACUGUGGCAUCGCCAGCUCCCACUCUUUUGAAACAAAGCACUUCAGGGACUGGCCAUUUAAAUAUAAGUGGCACUACUACUGUUUCUGCCCCUGUAGCUCUAAGCCUACCAGGCAGCACUCCUUCCACUAAUGUACUCUCAGUAGUAACCACUCCAGUAAUCACUGACAACAUAUCCCCAGUUCCAACUACUAAUGGUAAUCCUGGUAAUUUACCCACUGAGCAAGUUGGGAUUGGACCAGAAGAUGAGAAGGCAGAAGCCCAUCAUGAAUUAACACAUAAUAUGGCUUCUUCAGGUCAGACUCCUGUUGCCACAACGGAAAAUACUGUUUCAAGAACAGAACUGGAAAAUGAUUCUGCAGUUACCAUUGGCCUUGCUAAUGACCCAAAGGAAAAUUGUGAAAAGUCUAAGACUCCAAGUAGAAGAAAUUCAAGAACAGAGGAAUCUACAGUAGUGCAGGAAACUAUAGAGAAUGGUCAGCGUAAGAGAUCCUCCAGACCAGCAUCCGCAUCCAGCACUACAAAAGAAACAAAUACUAGUGGUAUGCAGUCAAAAAGAAGAAAAUCCAAAUGAAAUGCUAAGUGAAUAUGGAAAGCUUGUAAAUGUGUGAAUUUUACCUGUAACAAUUCUGAGCUGUGAUUUUUUUUUUUUUUUUUGCUGUAUAUAAAACUACCCCCAAACCCCUACAAUUUUGUAUAGUAAAUAAAUUUGUUAUUUUGUUGUUCCCAAUAAAUGCAAAAGUGUUUUUUUAAAAGAAAGAAUUAAUGAUGGGCAAAUUUACAUUGUUAAAUUUUCUGAUUUUGUAAAGACAACACUUAGCACACUAGAUUUAGCAUGUUGUAAAAAAAUCUGAGGAGAUAAUUGUAAAUUUCUUUCUACAUUUUCACUUUUCAUAGGACAAACUAGAGUACAGGGUUGUCUUUUUUAGAUACUAAAAUAAUGUAUUGUGCUAUUGGUCAAGUACUGUAUGUGAAUAGCAGUUAAAAGGGUUAUGAAUGGCCCAUUCUUGGAAAUGUAAAUAGUUUUAUUAUAUAGUACGCUUGAUGUAUUUGUUUGUAGAAAAGGACCAGUGAAAUAAAAUGAAGUGGGGCGGGUUUGUGAAAUGUGGAUUACUUAGUGCUUUAAAUAAAUGUCAUUGACCUGUAAUUUGUACAGUAUCUUAUUUGGUGU